AUGAAGCUGACAUCUUUCCUCGCUUACUUGACCUGUGCGGCGACUGCGACGGCAGCGGGCCUUCGUAGAAGAGGUUGCGAUUCGUGUGGACUGAGUCAGGAAUUUGCUGAAGAUGUAGUUGCCAAAUUCAUCUCCACUCCGGAUCACGGAGACGUUGCAACGGCCAAUGCAACUGCCCAAGCACUUCUCGCUGACGGUUACCAAGAGACUAGUGACUCGAUUCUAUCAUUGGAAGGCCAACCUUUGGGCGGCGUAACGUUCGAGGGGAAAUAAGGAUACAUUGCAGGAGUCCUCAGCGCACCACCAGUCGAGGGAAUAACGACCAACGAGAUCCUUGUAGCAGGAAAAAAAAUAAGAUCCUCUGGUACUGGAUAUUUACGGCAUUGCGACUGCGCAGUAUGAAGUCAAGGGUUCUAACCUGUUCACCAUCACAGAUCAAGGGCAGAUCAGUCAAGUGGACCUGGAAUUCAAUAGCAUUGCGUGGGCUCUGGAUACUGGGUAUCAGAUCAUCUUCCCAGCAGGUGGUGCCCCCGGGAAGUGA